AUGAAGACAUAUAGAACACUGCCUGUUGUAUUCGCACUGAUAACAGCGUUUGUAGCCUACGGCAGUGGAUUAUCUACGCGGGAUGAGAUCGCUCAGUCUAUCUCUCAGCGUGCCAGAGCUGACUCUGUCAAGCUUGAAGCCAUUCCGAAUUCUGCUUUGACUUCUGCUCUUGAGAGCAUCGCCGCUACGUAUCUGGAUGCCGAAGCACCCAAGCUCGCGCAGCACAGUGUUUCGAAUCUCACCAACAUCAUUGACGUUCAUGCGCAUUGUGUACCUGACUGGUUUCGUGCAAUCGCUCCCACAGCCGGCGGAAAUCCGACGCCGUCAUGGAAUAUCACUGCGCAUCUUGACUUCAUGGCCAGCCAAGGCAUCUCACACUCUGUUCUGGCCUUCUCAUCGCCCGGUGCGAACGUUUACCCAGGCGAUCAAGCUGCCACCGCAGCGCUUGCUAGGCUAAUCAACGAGCAGUCUGCAGCGUACGCUCGAGCCUACCCAAGCCGCUUCUCUUUCUACGCUGUCGUUCCGCUACCAUACACACAGGCCGCUAUCGCAGAAGCGGUGUAUGCGCUCGAUACGCUCGGAGCUGCCGGCAUUGCCCUUUACUCCAACUUUGAGGGUCUAUAUGUCGGCGAUCGAACCUUUAUGCCUUUCUUCGAAGCGAUGAACGCGCGCGAUUCAGGCCAGAUCAUAUAUAUACACCCCACAACACCAUACAUGCGUGUGAACGGCUCACUGGUGGAAGCAAACCCUACUACGUACCCGACUGGCAAUAUCGAGUUCUACUUCGAAACAGCACGCGUGCUUCAAGAUCUCGCAGUCACGCAGACGAUCCUGAAUUUCACGAAUAUCGACUAUGUUAUACCACACGUUGGUGGUGCAUUCCCCUCCGUUGCAGAUCGGUUGUUGAAGUCGUUUCCAGCCAUCUACAACCGCACGAUGGAUGCCUUGCAGACGCGCUUCUUUUGGGAUUCAGCGGGGCCAACAUAUUUCCACCAAAUUGGUGGUCUUCUUGCGUAUGACAUACCAACGACAAAUCUCUUGUUUGGUACGGACUUCCCGUACGCGCCAAUCUUCACCUAUGCCCCGUCCCUGCUAGGCAUUGAGACCUCGACAUUUGUGACCGAUGCGGAGCGUUCAGGGAUCUUCUUUCGCAAUGCGCAACGGCUCUUUCACGGCCGCUUCUCUUUUUGA